AUGGCCAAUUUUGUUGGUGAAAUCAAAGAUAUUAAGGACGAAAAACAAUUGGUAAAUGAGUUAAGAAAAUUCAUGGUAGGUGUGAAAAGGAGAGAUGGAAAAAAUUAUGCACCUAGAUCUCUUUAUGUAGGUGUUUGUGCUGUAAUAAGAGGUUUACAACAAGAAAUACCCACACUUGCUGAAAAUCUACAUGACAGAAACAAGAAUUUUAUAUUAUGGAAUACUAUAUCAGGCAGAAUAAAGCAAGUCCAAGAUACAGAUAAUAGGAAAAGAAAAAAGUCAGACGCACUUGAUACUGAGGAGAUUAUUCAAAUUCUAGGUCAUCCAUCAAUGAAUUUGGAUGAUCCAACCUCACUAACAAAGAAAGUAGCAUUCUGUUUGACCAUUACUUUACCUAGAGAAAAAAAUCAUGCUGGUGGUUUACAAGACAUGGACAACUCAGGUCGAGUUUGUGAAAUACCACCAGAUAAUGAUAACUUGUUUAGACCUGUUCAUGAUGUCAUUAAAUGGUUUAGAAAAGAAAAAUUAGGAAAACAUACUCAUCAAAAAUUAUUAAAAGACAUUUGUAAUGAUUGUGGUAUCAAUAUCAGUAAAAGACAUACAGUAAAUCAUUCUCUUAGGACAACUGGUAUUAUGCAAUUAUCCAAAUUAGGAACUCCAACAGAACAAAUCAUGGCUUUUUCUGGACAUUGCUCUUUAGCAGGCUUAAGUUCAUAUCAAGAUAUUACAAAAAAACAAAAGAUUAAUAAUGUUUCAUCACUGAUUCCAUCAUCAAUAACUAAUCCACAUAUGGUUUUUAAGGAAAAAUCUGGUGAACCUUUAAAAGAAAUCAAUAAUCACCCAUCUAUAAGGAAAACCUUAGGUUCAAAAAUUAGUGAAAAAAUAAAUAAUGAUGUUUUAAAGAAGCCUUUCAAACUUCCAACCAAAAAAAAGUUGGGUAAUGAUGAGUUAUUUAUUGAAGAAAAUUUAAAUAAUGAUGAUUCUAUGCCAAAUAUCAUCAUAAAAGGUGAUAAUAACAGCAUAAAUGUCAAUAUAAAUUAUAACAAUGCUUUGUAA